UCUUAAACCACCAUGAUAUGGGUUAGCUCAUGUCAAUCAUUUUGACUGUAAAUCAAGCUGAGACUCGUCGCAAAAUUCAUCAAGUCUAAACAAAAAUGAAGUUCUCCAAGCUGAGCGCCAAUUUUCUGAUAGAAAGAAAUUUGAAGGACGAGAAAUAUAUAACCGUAUAUGACCAAUACACUCCCGACUAUACAAGACAAGCAGUUACUGGAAAAUUUUAUUCGAAAUUCGAACUCAAAGUUGACGAGGCAGAUCCUGCUAUAUUGAAAAAACUGGAAUGGGUGAAAGAUUUUGGACCGAGACAGAAGCGCGAAUGGCCAGAGACGAUGAAUCAAUGGUACGGUUGGUACCUUGAACCCCUGGUACCAGUGGACAAGAGCAACAAAAUGUUAUACUACCCGCAAGCCAGCAGCGAGUUGACAAAAGUUGGUCUGCAACUGUUGAAGGAGAAAACGAAAAAGAAACAGUGA